CAUUGUGAAAAGAUUGCUGGUUCACUAUUUCAUAUUAGGUAUUCUAAGAACACUUGCAUAUCAUUUAUAUAUUAUUUCAGAAUUUUUGGAUCCAUUCCAGCGGGUUAUCCAGCCAGAAGAGAUCUGGCUGUAUAAAAAUCCUUUGGUGCAAUCAGACAACAUACCUACACGUCUUAUGUUUGCAAUUUCAUUCCUUACACCACUAGCAGUCAUUUUUGUGGUGAAAAUAAUCCGACGAACAGACAAGACUGAAAUUAAAGAGGCUUUCCUAGCUGUUUCCUUGGCUCUGGCGCUGAAUGGCGUCUGCACAAAUACUAUUAAAUUAAUAGUGGGAAGACCGCGUCCCGAUUUCUUUUACCGCUGCUUUCCAGAUGGAGUAAUGAACUCUGAAAUGCACUGCACAGGUGAUCCAGAUCUGGUGUCUGAAGGCAGAAAAAGCUUUCCGAGUAUCCACUCUUCCU